UAUUUCUUGGUUUAAACUACAAUUGUUUUUUAUUAAAGUAAACUGAGAAUUAAUAAAAAAUAUGUCCGCUGAUAAUGUGCCAUUAAUAUCCACUUCAAGAGGACCAUCGGCCGUGCAGUUCGGAGCAAGCAAAGAAUUCCAAACACGAACACAUCAACAGGAGUUGGACAGCGCAUUUCUCGGUAAUGAGAGGCGGCCAUGGAUGAAUGCUAGGUCGAAAGUGGAUCAGCGCAGGGAGAAUGAAUCAAUAAAGCUAUUGCUAGGUCAGGGCUACAACAAUUCAAACAAUGUGGAGAAACUACUCGAGGAGAACAUCAGUUUCCGUGACCUGGGCUCGCUGACCGAUGAAGAUUUGCAGAUGUUUGGCUUUGCAUCGACCAAGGACCGCAAAGAAUUGAUUAAAAUGUUUGGACAGUUGGCCAACCAGGAUCCUAGCUAUGACUACAUUUGCCAGGCGAAUGCUGCUAAAGGCUACAACAAUCAGAUUGUUGGCAAUGCCGCCAAUCACCUCACAUUCCUGCGCUCCUCACUGACGGCCACCAACUACAAGCUGCAGAUGAUGCCGCCAGAGGAUGUGAUUGUGGGAGAUAAACGAUAUGCGAGUCGCUUCGCCUUGGAUGCGUUAAACAGCGUGCAGUCAAUCUCAGAUGAGCUGGCAAAGGAUUUGUGCAAACUGGAACAGCUGACAAUGGAUCAUAGACAUAGGACUCAGAAUGGCAAUGCAUCGCCAACCAAAGAGAAGAACUUGAAGAUUUUAUACUACACAGCUAUUGCGCUGGGAACAGCUUGUGCCUGGUUCUGGUGGUGGUCGAAGCGCAGCCAGAGCCCCAGCUUGGAUAAUCUCUCGGUUAAAAUCUAAAAACAUUCCAAAUAUUUACUGUUUACCAUAUGCAUUUGAAUGCUCGAUACUCGUAUUAUCAGACUGUAAGCAUUUCACUGAAUGAAAUCAACUUUUAUGUUCUCAUUUAUAGUCUAAAGAUUUACUUUUUCGCAUAUUCCAAUAUAUUAUAGAGUAAAAGUUAAGCUUAAUGUUAUUGGUUUAUUGAAACUGACAAACUGCAUUGAAAUCUCGAUUUAACAUUUAAUAAAUACAAUUUGAUGAGCACAAUUAUUAAAAGCAAUCAGAAUGAA